AGACCAUCGGCAUUUUCUUGGCGAUGGCGACGACGGGAAAAGAAGACUCAAACGCUGACCCCGAAGACCUCCACUCUUUCAUUUCCCAGCAACUCCACGAGCUCAUGGCUGCCCACCGUCUCGAGUCCGACCUCGACUUGGCCUUCCAUUUACAACUCCAAGAAGCCCUCUCCGCCUCCCUUUCUCUUCACAGUUCCCAACCUCCCCCACCUCCACCUCCUCCGCGUCCCUCUCAGAACGACUCCGUAAUCUCCUUGACAUCCCAAGAGCUCUCCAAACUCCAACAGGAGUCGCUUGAUCACAAACACUGCCUCCUCGAAACCCAGAAACUCAAGGAAGACCUCAAGCGUCAAGUCCACGACGAGAAAUUCGCGCGUCAGUUAGCGGCGAUUCCGGAGGGUCAAUGGGCCGAGUGGGGCGAUUGCUUUGAACGGCCGUUAGGAGAAGGUUGUUCGAAGGGAUUGCAAUGGGAAGAAACCGACAGCGAAGACAACGAUGUUGAUGUUUCUGACGACGGUGAAUGCGAAUUUCGCAUUUACUUUAAGGGUUUGAUCGGUGAAGAGAAGGUUAAAAAUGUGAAAUCGAACCUUGCGGGGAUCGGAGUUGCGAUUUGUGAUUUUAGGGAUAAUUUGAUUUACGAAAUCAAGAAGCCGUUAGUUGGCGUUGGGUUGAGUAAACAAGCGGCUGAGCUUAAGGCGUUGAUCGAAGGGCUUAGCGCUGCUUUGUCUUUGGGGCUUAAUAGGGUUGAAGUUUUCUGUGAUUAUUACCCCAUUUAUCAAUACGUUAUUAGGAGAUGGCCACCAAAGCAAAGAAAAAUUUCAAUGUUAGUUGAUCAAGUAUUACUUCUUCAAAGCAAAUUUGCUUAUUGCAGCCCCACACAUGUAGCACGUAAUGAUAUUAAAUAUGCCUUUAAACUUGCAAGGGAAGCAAUAGAUUCUCAGGUCACCAGGCCUGUAGAUCAAAACCAUGGCAAGACUGUGAAAGAGACUUGUGUUAUCUGCUUAGAAGAUACUGAUCUUGGGUGCAUGUUUUCAGUCGAUGGGUGCAUGCACCGAUACUGCUUUUCUUGUAUGAAACAGCAUGUGGAGGUGAAGUUGCUUCAUGGAAUGGUGCCCAAAUGCCCUCAUGAGAACUGUAAGUCCGAGCUUAAUGUUGACAGCUGUAAAAAGUUCUUGACCCCUAAAAUGAUUGAGACAUUUAAACAGCACUUGAAGGAGGCUUCAAUUCCUGUCGGAGAUAAAGUUUAUUGCCCAUAUCCUAGGUGCUCGGCCUUAAUGUCAAGAAGCGAAGUUUCAGAAUAUACUAAAGAUGUACUUGUUGGAGCUGAAAGAUCUGGAGCCAGUAAAUGCCUGAAAUGUCAUAGCCUUUUCUGUAUCAACUGCAAGGUUCCUUGGCAUAGUAACAUGACAUGUCUUGAUUACAAAAGAAAGAAUCCUAAUCCCCCAGCAGAGGAUCUUAAGCUGAAGUCACUUGCAACAAUGAAUUUGUGGCGCCAGUGUGUGAAGUGCAACCACAUGAUAGAACUUUCUGAGGGUUGCCACCACAUGACUUGCAGAUGUGGGUAUGAGUUUUGCUAUAAUUGUGGGGCUGCAUGGAAGGACAAAAAGGCAACUUGUUCUUGUCCACUCUGGGAGGAGGAUCGCAUUUGGCAUGAAAAUAGGGACUCUGAUGAAGAGGAUGACUGGUUCGAGGAAGAGGAGGAGGAUGACUGGUUCGAGGAAGAGGAGGAGGAUGACUGGCUUCAUUUCUGAGGACUCUCGACUUCUUGUUGACUCUACUCUCACCCUUCUAUCCUAUCUGUCUGGCUAAUUGCAGGGUUGGUGAAUAUUGGACAAUAUAUGUGUAUAACUUGUAAGUUCGGCAUACAUUGUGUUAGCCAAGUUCUUAAAUGAGUUGGAAGAUAUUCUGCCAACAUCUCUUUUCCAGUAAAGAAGCCAAGAUAAGGAAACUCACUGAGAAAAACCAGCUUGGUAGAGUUCAGUUGUUAUAAUCAUUGAGGGAUGAAGUAAUAUGUUCAUUCAAGUA